GUCAUCGACUUCCUGCCUUUCCACCCUACAGAAAUUUAUGGAAACCAAGUCGUCGGUGGAUACGAACACCUCAAACGGCGUGGGACCGGAUCACAGCCACUUAACUUCGAAAUUUUCACGGAAGCGCCAUUCUGCAGAGUGCGCCUCAGCUAAAUAUGGACAUGAUCCACUCAGACACUUAAUCCAGUCGUUUGCAAGAUCGAAAGUGCCUCGCUCUCCGCUGCGACAUUUAUCUGAUUUGAUGUAUGUGGAGCACUAUGAGAACGGUGGUGGUUAUGCUUUGCAUUCCUACGCUGACGAACUCGCACACUUAAAUAAAGUUGAGCUCGAACUGUUCACCAAGAAGUAUUUCAGAACACUGUUCACAGAGCGACGGAAGAGGGGAAUACAUGUCCCCUUUUCAUAUUAUUGCAUCGGUGUUGUCCAUGGUGCUGCUAAGCGUAUACCUGAGUUGCUUUCGUAUCUUUCCGUGAUGUACCCAGAAUUGAAAGUUAACACGAAUCCCUUAGAACGAAAAAAUGCUUCAGAAUCUACGUCCAUAUCGAGGUACUCUGAAGACGUUUUCAAGGCCUACACACGAGGAAUAUUCCGCUUUGGCCCCCUACAUGCUAUAAGUAUUGUAGGAACCAAAGGAGAGGAACGUGGCUGCUUCUCGAAUGAUCUUCUCCGCAUGAUUGAAUCUGAUCCAUUUCUCCGCUUAGUUACGCCAUGGGGAGCACUCUCCAGCCUCUCCGGAAUGGAUCCUCACGACAGCAACGACGGUCCGAUAAUCUGGGCCCGCCAUGGCGAGCAGGCCGUUCCGGUGUGUGCCACAUCCUCACUAAGCAAGAUGAGGCUGGUUCAAGGCUCUGGGCUGCUAGAGCUAUUGAGCAAUGCACGUACACGCCGUGUUCGUCAAGUACUCGUUCCAGAUCGAACCCCUUGCCACGCGGAUCAUGCGGACGAUGGUUUGGGUCGUCAUACAACUGCUGCCGUCGGUCUUCUCAAGGGCAUUUAUCCUCCGUGCUCGCUUUCGAAGACUCACCAGCCUAAGCAGAUAAAUUCUUCAGCUCCAUCGUCACCAGCCUCCGACAAACCCGCUGUUCAGGAUGACGCGUUUGAGAAUCCCUAUUCACCCACUCCCAGUCCACCCGGUCGAAUAAUCAAGGAUGUUGUAGUGUUCGAUCCUCGGCACUACCCUGAUUUAGUUAGACGGCUUCGACUGGAUGUGAUGGAACCGCCUGCAAGCCAGUGCGGCACAUUUUGGGCAGAUGAUGCCGAGCUGAAUCAACUUCAUACCGAGGGUUUCCGCUACGUCCGGUUACCGCUUCGAGAUAACGAUAUCUACUUCAUCCCAAGAAACGUUGUUCACCAAUUCAAGACGGUGUCAGCAGGUGUCAGCAUCGCGUGGCACGUACGCUUGAAGCAGUACUACGAGAACACCAAUGACCACGUCGUCGCAACUAUGUGUUCGGGGGCGACCAGCAGUUCAGUUACACCCACCACAUCGGCCAGUAAGGUGGAGUCGGUCCUUGAGGCCUCUUCACAGUCUGAAGCACCUCCAGCUUGUGCUGUCACCACAAAUUUAGAUGAUCAGCUACCAGCCCUGCCCACAGCUCACAGUCCUCCGUCAAACGUGACAGAUGACACCGUUCUCGAAUUGAAUACCUCUAUUGCCUAA